UGGGCGGCGCCUCGUGUAUUGACCGACAGUUGGCGACCGUACCGCUUCGUCGUUACGUUUGAUUCGGUGAACAAGGACUUUUCCAAGCGGUGAAUAUAUCUGUCAAAACAAAUUUGGCGUUCUUCAACAGUUUACUGGAGGAAUCACAAGUGUGCAAGUUCAAGGAGGCGUCAACACGUCGGUUCAGUUCCUCCAUCGUUAUCUGUUCGUGUAGUGAGUGGAGCGAAAUAGUCGCACCGCCCAGCCAUGCUCGCAUCACCGGGGGAGUGUAGAACGCGCAGAAGCCUCGGACUAAGAACGACUGCCUCGUGACUGACAACCCAGAGGGUGGAAGAGCGAGAUCAACAGUCACGUACUUAGACCGUACUGAGUGUGGACUCGUAACAAUACACGGUACAGAGGAGGGAGACGUCCAUCCACAGGUCUAGCUAGCUAAUCUGUUUUUCUUCUAACAUCCGUUCCUUCAACCAGUCCCUAGGCGAGGUGAGCUGCCGCACGCACGCGCUUCCGCCCGGACUGACUACUCGGAAUUAGAGAGAGGCACGGCAGCUCCCGGGUCCCCACGCUUCGUGGAGAGAAUCGCUGAAAUGAGAUGAGGCUCAGAAAUGGAACGGUUGCCACCGCAAUCAUAUUCUUCACGUCGUUUCUCAGCUUGUCCUGGUACACAGCCUGGCAGAAUGGUAAAGAGAAGUUGGUAGCUUAUCAGAGGGAGUUCCAUGCCCUGAAAGAGCGCCUCCGUGUGGCUGAACACCGGACACUGCAGCGCUCCUCUGAGCUCAACAACAUCCUGGAACAGUUCAGGAGGGCCAUCGCUGAGACCAACGGCAGCAAGGAUCCUCUCACCAACUUCUCCGAUGAGACCCAGAAGCUGCUGAAGGAGCUGGCCAAUAGGAAGCCUCUCCAGGUGCCAAACAUCUAUCACCACCUGCCCCACCUACUCAACAAUGAGGGCAGCCUGCACCCUGCUGUCCAGGUCGGCCUGGGGCGCACAGGAGUCUCCAUGGUGAUGGGUAUUCCUACCGUAAAGCGGAAAGUGAAGUCGUACCUGGCCGAGACGCUGCACUCGCUCAUCGACAAGCUCUCAUCUGAGGAGAAGCUGGACUGUGUCAUCAUCGUCUUUGUUGGAGAGACAGAUACAGACUAUGUCCACGGUGUGGUGGCCGGACUGGAGAAAGAGUUUUCUACGGAGUUGAGUUCCGGGCUGUUGGAGGUGAUCUCUCCUCCAUCCAGCUACUACCCCGACCUGAAAGACCUCAAAGAGACAUUUGGAGAUUCCAGAGAGAGAGUCCGAUGGCGGACCAAACAGAAUCUGGACUAUUCCUUCCUCAUGAUGUAUGCUGUCAGGAAAGGAGUCUACUAUGUUCAGAUGGAGGAUGACAUUGUGGCCAAGCCCAACUACUUUGCCACCAUGAAGAACUUUGCCCUGCAGCUCUCAUCUGAGGAUUGGAUGAUCCUGGAGUUCUCCCAGCUCGGCUUCAUUGGCAAGAUGUUUCAGGCUCCAGAUCUCAACCUGAUCGUAGAGUUCAUCUUCAUGUUCUAUAAGGAGAAGCCCAUUGAUUGGCUACUGGAUCACAUCCUCUGGGUCAAAGUGUGUAACCCAGAGAAAGACGCGAAACAUUGUGAGCGGCAGAAGUCCAGUCUACGCGUUCGUUUCCGCCCGUCCCUCUUUCAGCACGUGGGCCUGCACUCUUCUCUGGCCGGAAAGAUCCAGAAACUCACGGAUAAGGACUUCCUGAAGCCCUUACUCCAUAAGAUCCACGUGAAUCCGCCCGCUGAAGUGUCUACAUCUCUUAAGGUCUACCAGGGACACACGCUGGAGAAGACCUACCUGGGAGAGGACUUCUUCUGGGCCAUCAACCCUACAGCUGGAGACUACAUCCUCUUCAAGUUCGACAGACCUGUCAGCAUAGAGAGGUUCCUUUUUCGCAGUGGCAACCAGGAGCACCCUGGAGACCGGAUAGAGAACACCACCGUGGAGAUUCUGCCCUUCUCCGAAACUGGCCCAAAGAACAAAGAGAAGUACAAGAGAACUGAUGAUCACUUCUACAGAAUCGGUCAGUUUGAGAAAGGCGUGGCGGAGGGGGCUGUGGACAUCUCCUUCAAUCCGGUGGUGGCGCUGCGUCUCUCUGUGGUCAAGGACUCUGCUGUGUGGGCCAUCCUCAGUGAGAUCCACAUUAAAAGGAUAGCAGGCUGAUGUGAGGUGGGGGGCCACAUCAAUCCUGGCCCCCAGACCCGGGCUGUGCGUAGACAUGCCUAAAACGGACUGUCCAGGGGCCUUGUGGCGCCUAGCAACCAGCAGUUACAUUACGAGAGCGCACCAGAACUGCUUCAUCUCAGGGCUUCUUUCUGAGGACGCUUUCACAUGUUGGCUUUGUUUCUCUAUUUCCGCUUUGUUCUGUCCUUGUUUUAACCCCUCUUUCUUUCUGUCCCUUCAUCACUCCUAGUUUUUCCUCUUUUUCGUUUUCUCUCCUGCUCAAGCUCUGUGUGAAUACUACUGUACAAAAAAAGAGACUGAUAAAAAUAUCAGAAUGAUUUGGGAGUCCUAAAGAGGUCUGUUCCAAGCUCUAGUUGUCCAUGUUAACAGUUUGUUUCAGCAAGGGCCGCUAUCUGGGAGAAACACACAGUUUGGAGGUCUAGUAAAAACCACGUCUGAUCCAGGGGGCUGAUGUCACCAGGGUAACGUGCUGACUCCUGUUCUGUCUCCCUCUGUGGUCAGCUGAGGUAUUGCCCCGUCACUGGAGCCCCCUGCUGGCGACGGAAGGAACAUCUCCAUUCUCCUCAAGGAUCUGUUGCUUUGUGUGGUUUCCACCUGGCUGUGUGUUUUAACCGAAACACAGGCAAUAGAAAACAAGUUGUCAGUAUUUUCAAUGGUGGUGCAUUACUGCCCGUGUUGCUUUUUCCUCAGAUCUUUGUUUGAAAGGGAUGACAUUGUCAAACAAAGUGGAAAGGAAAAUGUUGCCCCAAAUUGUAGUGACAGAUUGCCCAAACUGUAGAUCAAUGCUCUGUGUAGAUUUAGGGUUAGCUUAUCUUAACCCAAGUCCCAAACUUUCCAAUUCUGGUGGGGGACUAAAAUCUACUCAAUAUCCAUGUCUGGAAUCAUUUCAGCCUAUGAAUUACUCAAUUAAGAAUAUUAAUGAUUGAAACCAUAUCUAUAUCUAUACUUCCUUUGACAGGAAGUCAGGCUGAAAGGCUCGUGUCCUUUAAGUGGGAUAUCUUGAUAUGAUUAUUACAAUAAUGACUAUCAAUGGUGAUUUAACUUAUUUGAAAUAAAUCUUUAAUUUGUACAAGAGGCCAAAAGAAAAAGUUUUAUUUUAAGUUUAUUAUACAGUAGUUGUAAUGUUCACGUGUCCUUUUUACUUCCAGAAGUGUUUUAUUUAAUUUAUUUUUUGCUGCUUGUUCUAGGUAUUCCUGUCUGUUGGUUGGUGUAGAUAGAGGACGUCUCUAAUCGCAAGUCUCCAGUUUGUGUUUUUAAUGACCUUUUCCAGACAUUUAAAUGGAACAGGACAGCAUAUCUCAGAAGGGGGAUUGUCUUACACUUUCUACUUGAUUUUAAGAUGGUUGCUCAUCCUGAAAGUUGUUUGAGCCAAGAGGAAAUAGACAUCCAUGGCUCAGUUUUGUUUCAACAGCCAUUACUAACUUAAGCUAACUGUAGCAACAGCUAGCUAAAAAUCAGUUGGAGAAAUGAGGUCCUGGCUCACGGACUGCUUUCUGGCUGGGAAGUUUGAGGUCCUGGCCCACGGACUGCUUUCUGGCUGGGAAGUUUGAGGUCCUGGCCCACGGACUGCUUUCUGGCUGGGAAGUUUGAGGUCCUGGCUGAGGCUGUCCUGAGACAGACCCACGUGCCUUGAAGACCUGCUCCUCCAAGAGUCUUGAGCAGAACUACCCGUAUGUCUUUGCUCCAGCACCUUUACUCACUCAUUUCCUUUAACCAUCAUCCUGGGUGUUCACUUGCCCUUUGAACCCUGGACAGGAUAUGUACAUUGUGUUUGGGAUUGACAGAUGGUUCUGCCAGUGCAGGGCUUCCACUGUAUGGUCUGAUGCAUGUUCACUGUCGGCAGUUCGUUGCACUUUGUUUUGAUGACUACAUUUCAUUUUUCUGUGACUAUUUAGUGGUGCAGAGACUUUUUUUUUUCCUCCAUCCUUUUUUUGUUCCACAUUCUAUCUUGUUGUAGCUCCGCCCUCAUUUACCAUUUCCAACAGACACGUAAUAUUCCCCCUGACAUCAUUUAGUUCCACCCCAUGUGACACCCGAUGUUGUCCAAUCAGACUCUGCUGGGAGUGGUUGGACAGCAUGUGGCUGUGUGGAGGCAGCCGAACUUCCCUCGGCUUGUCGUUACGGCUGCUCUGUAGACGACUAACUGUUGUUCGACACACUGAGGCCUCGUUUCAGGACAGGGGGAAUGGUUUUCCAUGAGUAACAUGUGUAUACAAUGUGAUUCAGAUUCUCUUUCAAUUCCAUGCACGUGUGAGAAGAUUGUAAAUUAUUUUCAUUUGAUUGUAAUUGAUUUUCGUUUUGUUGCUAUUUUACAUGUCAACCGUGUGACAUUCACUGACCACUUAAAUAGAUACGCCAGCCUCUUAACGCAAAACAGCGAAUCAUGUUGCUGCAACUCAGUAUAUGUGUGAAGCAUGCAGACACGGUCAAGAUAUUUAAUUGUUGUUCGACCAAACAUUAGAAUGGGAAAGACGUGCGACCUCAGCAACUUUGACCAUGUUGCUUCAUGCACUAUGGUCUCAGGUUUACAGAGCAUGGUGUCCUCAACAUAAGACACCCAGUGUGGCAGUUCUGCGAAUGAGCGAGGUCAGAGUAGAAUGAGCGAGGUCAGAGUAGAAUGAGCGAGGUCAGAGUAGAAUGAGCGAGGUCAGAGUAGAAUGAGCGAGGUCAGAGUAGAAUGAGCGAGGUCAGAGUAGAAUGAGCGAGGUCAGAGUAGAAUGAGCGAGGUCAGAGUAGAAUGAGCGAGGUCAGAGUAGAAUGAGCGAGGUCAGAGUAGAAUGAGCAGGCUUGUACGUCGAACUUUGAAGCGGAUGGCAGCAAAGGGUGUUCUACCUGAUACUAGAUGCCUAAUAAAGUGGACGGCUAGUGUACACAAACUUCUAGUGCUAUACUUCUGAGGAGGUUUUUUGGGUGUAAAUCCCAUUUUCCCUUGCCGAUUUUGUAACCGUAAACCUGGAAUCCCAAAACUGAACCCAAAUCUAAUGCUAAACCCCAACCUCUUAGCUAAGCAUAGCCUUUCUAAAUGUGAGGACUGGGAAAUGUUUUCUCUGUUCACUGUUUAUGUGAAGACUCUUUGAGGAGUAAUGGUACUCGAACUGUAUAUUAAUACCUGUAUGGCACUCAAAGUAUACACGCACUUGUCCAAUUCUAAAUCAGCCCCUCUCUAUGUUUAAGACCGAUAAACCUUCCCAGAUCCAAACCCGCCUACUCUGCAGCGGUCAGGUGUGACUGUUGCAAAAUCCUGUCCCUUGAAGGGACAAUACUGGGUAGGCAGAACGACUAGGGCAUGAUUUGGAAUUCGGGAACACUUUGAAAGUGGGCCACUUUUUGCUAGAUUUGCCUGUUUGUAAAUCUUUAUUUAUCAUGUGAGUAAUUGGUUGGUCAGCCAACCACUUUUUUAAUGGAGUUGACCCCUCCCAUUAACCCACUGGUUAAACCAGACCCUCUGGCUCACUCCUCUGGCUUAUUUAAAGAGUGCGAUUUUACAGAAUCUUACAUGUAUUGUUUAGAUCAGGUAGGAUGUGUAGAAUAGCAAAAUCCAGGUCUAUACAUGACAUUUUUGUCUGCAAUGCUCUACCUGUGUGUUUUGACCAUCUUGAAGAAGCUGCUGCCUGUCUUCAAGUGCAGGAUGGCUGGAGGAGAGGGGAAUACGCAUUUUAGGAAUGUCUGAAUAGUUUAAAGUAGAUUCCUCUCAUCCCCAUUCCCUGCUUUUCAUCCACGUGUGUGUGUGUGUUUGUGUGUGUGUGUGUGUGUGUGUGUGUGUGUGUGUGUGUGUGUGUAAGCAAUAUGGAGAAUGCCUGUAAUUGGGUUGCUUGCCUAAGAGACGGCAACGAAAGGAAGCUGGACGGUCAGACUCUUGCUUCUCUCCAUCAGUUCAUGUGCCUUUAUCACGUCCAUUACUAUGUCUGCCUCUGAUUUUGACUUUGUUUACAUGGACAUCGUUGAAAUAAAUCAAAACAUAAAAGUAA